AUGCCAGAAACAGAGGCUGCCCCUACAUCCUCGUCUCAGGCAAACGAAGAUGAGGCUACUACUGAGUUGACGAAAUCGCCUCCGCCAGGCAAAACAGCGCGGGUAGCCACAGUACAAAUCCCCACAGCUGGGGACGCAGACACGAGUGGAGAGGAGGACGGCGAAGAGGAGGAAGCGAGUGUAGACGACUCGGAGAUCCUCGAGGAUCUGCCGGAUGACACGGAGGAGAUAGAGCUCAUCCAUUCCCGCCUGAACUCUAUCAGCAGGCUCGGCCUGCAGCGCUUCGGCGCGCAUCUCAAGAAGCUAUGCCUACGGCAGAACUACCUCUCCGUCCUGGACCCGGAGGUUAUGAAGGCCCUGGAGGGCUUAGAGGAGCUGGACUUGUACGACAACAAGAUCAAGCGAGUCGACGAGUCCCUGACGACCCUCAGCAAGCUCUCCGUUCUGGACCUCUCGUUCAACCUCUUGCGACACGUCCCGGAAACACUGGACCACUUGCACUCUCUGAAGACGAUCUUCUUUGUGCAGAACAAGAUCUCGCAUAUCUCGGGGUUGGAUGGCGUCGGUGCGACGUUGCGCAGCCUUGAGCUUGGCGGCAACCGUUUACGAAAAAUAGAGGGCCUAGACGCGCUUGUGAAUCUGGAGGAGCUCUGGCUGGGCAAGAACAAGAUCACACGACUGGAGAAUCUGGACGCGCUCAAGCGUCUCAAGAUCUUGUCCAUUCAGUCAAAUCGAAUAACCAAGCUGGAAGGGCUGGAUCACUUGGAAAGCCUAGAAGAAAUCUACUUGAGCCACAAUGGCAUCGAGCGGCUAGAAGGGCUGGAACACAAUAAUAAGCUCCGGACAGUAGACAUCGGCAACAAUUUUGUGAAGAAGCUGGAGGGCAUCUCCCAUCUAUCAUCGCUCGAAGAGUUAUGGAUUAACGACAAUAAAAUCUCUACUCUCGAAGACCUUGGCUCUCAGCUGAAGCCCAUCUCCUCUCUCGAAACUGUAUAUCUCGAAGGUAACCCGGUACAGAAGACAGAAGGUGUACACUAUCGCAGGAAGGUCAUUCUUGCACUUCCGCAGAUCAAACAACUGGACGCAACGUGA